AUGCGGCUACGCCUGUGGGAAAGCCCUGCUGAUCACACGGUCCUGGAACGUACGUUGGAGAAGAGACUGGACGCGUCUCCCAAAGUGUGGAGGAACCCAUGUCUCUGCCCAUGUCUUCCGCGAGUAAAGGAGGCGGACUUCGUGGAGGAGGGGAAAAAGAACCUGUUGGCAAUGAAGAACAUGCUUCACUCGGCCCCCUGGGAAACCCUAUGGUUUCAUUCGGACGAAAAUGUGACCGUAAAAUCCUUCUACGACUCUGAGAUUCAAAGAACCGCCUUCCUUGUCGAGACGACUUUGAACAUCGAUCCCGAGAGGCUCUUCGAGGAAGACCGGAAUCUGGCAGAGGAUAUCUCUACCUGGAAUCCAAAUGUUGCUCAAAGCUCCGUUAUUCAGGACAAUGCUCCUUCUCACCGAGCUCAAGUUUAUAGCUACUUCCUUCAAGAAAAACCGACUGAAGUGCUGCCGCAUCCCUCUCACUUUCUAGAUCUCGCCUCAAGAGACUUCUGGUUGUUUGGGAAACUCACGAAGACUCUUAGGAAGAUGGGCGAGAAUUGCCAGAUAAUUCGACAAAUCACGGCCCCGCUUGCCAACGGGUUCAUCUGGAGCCGAGAUUUUAUCCUUUUGAACUACUGGGAUAGGGAUGGGGAGAAGAUGCAUUCCUGCAUUGCCAGCACAACGUGGCCACAUAUUCAAGCCUCCGACAACUACGUCUUAGCUACGUGCUACCCGGGAGGAUUCACAUAUUCCCCAUCGAGAGAAGAGGGGAAGACGUUUUUGCAGUGGAUCUACAACAUGGACCUCUACCUCCCUCUGGUGCCCGAUGCCAUCUUGAACAAUAUACUCCCGAGCGUAUUCAAGGAAUUUCUAGGGCACUACCGCACUCGAGUCCACCAAAUCGUGGCACGGACCUGAGAAAACUCCUGUCGUUCCACAUUCCAGUCGCUCUCUUGGUUCUACCUCCUGU